AGAAAUCGGUGUCCACGGAUCUCGUCGGUAACUCGUGUCGGUCUGAGCUGAACAUAAAUCACCGUGUCGUUUCUUUAAGUCACGGUUCGGUCUCGUGUCUGUUGACGGUAAACAUGACGUCAGUGGCGGAAGCUCGUGCUGCGCGGCUCCCGGCCGCAGACAACCCGCUGAAGAUGGUUAAAGCCACCGCAGGUGUGAGGAGAGCUGCUCUCGGAGAGAUUACCAACUGUCCUGGAGCAGCAGUCAACACCAAGAGGACCGGAGCGACCAAAGCCAAACCAUCUUGUGCCCAGAAAGUGAAGCCUGUGGUGCCUCCAUCAGUCCAGGUCGCAGCACCUGCAGAUCCCCUCCCCCCAGUGUCAGAGGAGUCAGCUGACGUGUCCAUGAAGGAGGAGGAGGAGCUGUGCCAGGCGUUCUCUGAGGCGCUGCUCACCGUGCAGGACGUGGACGAGCAGGACUCAGACCUGCCGCAGCUCUGCUCAGAAUACGUCAAAGAUAUCUACAGAUAUCUGCACGUCCUGGAGGCGCAGCAGGCUGUACGAGCCAACUACAUGCAGGGUUAUGAGAUCACUGAACGCAUGCGAGCUCUUCUGGUGGACUGGCUGGUCCAGGUUCACUCCAGGUUCCAGCUGCUGCAGGAGACUCUGUACCUCACAGUAGCCAUCCUGGAUCGUUUCCUCCAGGUCCAGCCAGUCUCUCGCAGGAAGCUGCAGCUGGUUGGUGUGACCGCCAUGCUGGUGGCCUGUAAAUAUGAAGAGAUGUACGCUCCAGAGGUCGGAGACUUCGCCUACAUCACAGACAACGCUUUCACAAAGUCUCAGAUUCUGGAGAUGGAGCAGCUGGUUCUGAGGACGCUCAACUUUCAGCUGGGACGUCCUCUUCCACUACACUUCCUGAGACGAGCCUCCAAGGUGGCGAAUUCUGACGUAGAGAAACACACGCUGGCCAAGUAUCUGAUGGAGCUGACCCUCCUCGACUACGACAUGGUGCACUAUCGACCCUCUGAGGUCGCUGCUGCUGCGCUGUGUCUCUCCCAGCUGCUGGUCGACGGGCUGCCGUGGUCUCCCACUCAGCAGCACUACUCCACUUACGACGCGGCCCACCUGAAGCCCAUCAUGCAGCACAUCGCCAAAAAUGUGGUGACUGUAAACAGGGGGAAGACAAAGUUCCAGGCCGUCAGGAACAAGUACUCGAGCAGCAAGCUGAUGAAGAUCAGCCUCAUCCCUCAGCUGAAGUCGUCCAUCAUCACCAACAUGGCGGCUCCUCUGCUCAACAAUCCUUGAAGCCAGCUUUAAAUUUUAUCAGUGGACAUUUCACUCGCACUUUAUUUUAGAUUGAUCUCAAUCUGUGGAGAAACUUCUAGUUUUUAAUAAAAUGUUUUUAAUUUUUGAUGA